AUUUGUAACCAUCAACGUCUGAACCUCGUCAUGCUUCAUACCCAAAGAUGUCAUCCAAAAGGUUGCGGCGUGUUCCUGGAAUACGAUCCGAGGUGGUGGAAAGACUAGCAAAGCAUCAGAUAGUCACUUGCAAGGAUUUGCUUCAGAGAAACCACUUGGAACUUCUCAAGUUUACUGGAUCAAGUUAUCAAGAAGUUUUAGAAAUUCAGAGAGCUGUUGGUAAAGCCAUCAUUCCCAAGGUGCAAACAGCCCUUGCCUUUUUUCAAAGAUCAAACAGUCAGAAAUCAUUUCUUCCAACUUCACUUGGUGAUCUUGAUUUGGCACUGCACGGAGGGCUGAGUUGUGGUACAAUCACAGAAAUAGCAGGCCCAGCAGGAUGUGGUAAAACACAGUUCUGUAUCAUGCUUAGUGUGCUGGCCACCCUACCUUAUGACAGAGGUGGACUGGAUGGCAGUGUUAUCUACAUUGACACAGAGGCAGCCUUCAGUGCAACAAGAUUGAUUGAAAUGGCAUCCAGUCGGUUUUCAGAUCUUUUCAACUCAAAUGAGUCACUGUUUCAUCUGUCAGAGAGGAUACAUGUGUGCUGGGAAUCUACCUGUAGCUCAUUAUGGGAUAGGCUUCAGAGACUUGAAGAGGAGGUUAUUUCUAAACGUGUAAAGCUCGUCAUCCUGGACUCCGUCGCUUCGCUUGUAAGGAAAGAAUUUGACAGCAGGCUGUUCAGAAACUUGAACGAAAGAACAGCGCUUCUUUCCAAAGAAGCGGCCAUUUUAAAAUAUAUUGCUGAGACGUUCCAUAUUCCGGUUGUCGUUACUAAUCAAAUCACUACUCGUUUCAUUGGUGCGGGGAGUUCCAGUGGAAACGAGGGUUUCCAGGACGUCGACGGCGCAGACGUUGAGCCCGAGGAGGACGAUGGUAGUCACGUGACCGCUGCGUUAGGUAACACGUGGUCACAUGCGGUGAAUACUCGUCUGAUUGUACAGUAUUUGGACGAAAGAUUUCGUCAGGUUCUGAUUUCCAAAUCUCCAGUGGCGCCGUUUGCAUCGUUUGUUUACACGAUACACGCUCAAGGAUUAGUUUUGGAACGUCAGGAUACGAACUUGAAUCGCCAUGGUCUUGGUGGAAAUCCCUCUUUGCAGCCUAUCCAGGUUCGUUCUGCCUUCUGACCGAAGCGGUAACACAUUCUCCUACUGGGAAGUUUAUUGGUGAUCUUUGCUGUACCAUUCUGCAAUAGCAUAACCAGCGACAUGAGCUCGUCAUCGCUUUGAGAAAGAUAUCUCAUGAACCCUUUUUUUUUCGGCAACACGUAACUGAUAGGUAGCUGCAAAAUGUUUCUGUUGAGAGUCUUCUGAGACUCCGCAGUACGCUUCUGUGUCUCUGUUUUUUCGGAAAGGCUCAAGAAUUUUAAUUCUCACUAUUUUCUCGAUCGCGUAGCCCCAUUUAAGAUUAGAAAUGCUAUGUAGUUCUUUCCCUGAGGUAUAUUUAUAUUUCGUUCGAUUCCAGUUCAAAGAUAUUUGGCCUUGGACAGUUUUAACAUUGUAGACUAUUUAAUAGACUCUUUCUUGUGUGGACGUAAUUUUUUUUAAGAAUUGCUUGAUCAGUGGUUUUGAACCAUACACAAAGGAGAGUACUCUCGAAAGUUAGGACAAUCGGUCGGACGAAUUGCUCGUCAUUUUAACUAAGUGCCAUAUCUCAGAAUUCUAUCAUAUCACGUAUUUAUUAUAUCGAAAGAACGAUCUUCGUAUGUUUCUAAGGUUUAUAUUACGCAAUUGAAUUGUCACCUCGCAGGAAACUCUUCAAAAUAGCGCAAGACACAUACCUAAUUCGUGACUGAGAGCAUAUCAGCGUAUCUCUCUCGAAAGUAACUUUAAUUCGAAAUUUAAGCUCUAGUUAAGAACUCAAUAACAUGAAUAUGCCUGUCAUUGUGA